AUGGGGACCGCUGGCUGGGCCCCACAAGAUGGCACUGAUGAUGAUGUGGUGUUGGAUGAUGGCACUGAUGAUGUUGAGGUUGUGGGUGAUGGCACUGAUGUUGCUGAGGUGGUUGGUGGCACUGAUAAUGCUGAGAUCAGAAUCCAACAUGCCUGCAAGCAGAUCACAGCAGACAAGCAAUACAAAGGUAUUAUUGACUGUGUUGUACGUAUACCCAAGGAGCAGGUCUUCGUGUCCUUCUGGAGGGGCAACUUGGCCAAUGUCAUCAGGUACUUUCCAACACAGGCCCUCAACUUUGCCUUCAAGGAUAAGUACAAGAAGGUCCUCCUGGACGGCGUUGACAAGCACACCCAGUUUUGGAGGUACUUCGCUGGAAACCUCGCCUCUGCUGACAUAAUGUACAGUGGCACUAUUGACUGUUGGAUGAAGAUUGCACGUGAUGAGGGUGGCAAUGCCUUCUUCAAGGGUGCCUGGUCCAACGUGCUCAGAGGCAUUGGCAGAGCCUUCGUGCUGGUUCUGUAUGACGAGCUCAAGAAAAUCAUGUAA